AUGUCGGCGGAAGUCGAGAAGGCUAAUGGGUCUGGGGAGGGCCAAGAGAACAGUAAAGAUUCUGAUUCGGACACCGAAGUCAGCACUGACGAUGUCUAUGAGGUAAGGGCUGGUUUUUUGCUUUUAAUUUUAGGUGCUUUAUGGAUAACAUGAAAUGCCUCGACGAUUUUUUUGAAUAAUUCGUUCAUUUUUAAAUGAAAAACUUUUUAGCCGAGUGAUCAUUAGUUUUAGUCCAAAAUGACUUCGCACUGACAGUAAAUUUUUUAGAUUCAAAAGAUCGUUGGUCACAAAUUCGAAGGUCGCAAAGUCCUGUUCCGUAUUCGCUGGGUAGGAUAUGGACCGGGAGAUGACACAUGGGAGCCAGAAGGCAAUCUGUUGGGGUCAACUUCUGUUGAAAUGGUGGAUGAAUACAAAAAAAGAUACGGGUUGGACAAGAAAACAUCUAAACCAAAACAGAGGGCUCCGAAACCUGCCAAGAAAAUCCAAAAUGCGAUCCUCAGCGACAGUGACUUCGACUUAUCGCAGAGUAGUAAACAAAAUCAGCCUCAAACUAGCUCACGUAAAGAGCGAACUUCGUCUCCAGAGGAUGAUGAAGAUGUGGAGAUGAAUUUAACUGAUGAUACCGGCUGGUUCGGUGUCAAGCCUGAUGAAUCCCAUCGAGAUUUGAAGAACUUGUUUGUCACUGAUAGAAAGUUGACGCAGACGGAAAAGGUAGGCAGUGAUCUGCAUCAAUUUUCUAUGCUAGAUAAAAAAAAUAUUUAUUUAUGCUUCUUCAGCUGCUAACAGACAUUCACGACUCCGGUGCUAACCGAAUGACGCGCUCACAAAUUCGGGAACUGCUCAAUUCGUCCACAGCUAGUACGGUUUCGCCAGGUAAACUAUUUUUUUAUUGUAUUAUUCUGAAUUUAGUGAAACAGCCCAAGAAGAGGAGAACGGAGAGAGCUGAACAUUUUAGGCGUUCUGCUUCUCCAGAAAAAUCGACUGAGGCUAAUGAGAGGAAAAGAAAACUUGAUGAAGAAGAUGAUGAAGUUAAGGCUAAAAAAGCCCGAAAAGAAUCGAAAGAAGUGGCUGAGCUUCCAUCAGAAGGUCAAAAGAAAGUUAAGAAAGAAAAGAGAAGCAAGAGUGAAGAUGGAAACGACUCGAAAAAGCAUGAGAAAUCGCAUAAAUCCAGUAAAAAUGGGAGACCUGAUGAAGAAAAGAGAAAAAAGUCGAAAAUUGAGAAGUUGGAAAGAAAGGCUGAGAAAGAACAUCGAAAUGGGGCAGAACCGGGCGCUCCCAAGCCUACAGCGCAUGAUUCGGUAAGAAAACGAAGGAAAUUUCAAAGGAUUUUGACCUGAUAUCAAGUGCAAUAUAAUAAGAUUUAAAUUUUCAGGUUAAGGAUGCGGCCGUUCCCAUAAUAAAGACUAAGGUGGUGACAUCUGAGAAGAAGAACAAUUUCUUCUUUAAUUAUCGGAUCCCAACCAAAGGACCGGAGAAACUCCCUUCGACUAGUAAUGGAGACUUCAAAAAGCCGAGAGAUCCCGUCCCUCAAGGUGUCGCCGUCACGUACGGAUCACAGAAACUAUAUAUAAAUGAUGGUUCUAAUGUUGCGAGUGUGUUGAAUGAGUUACCGAAGGAGAAUGAUCCGAUUGAAAUGGAUCAGAAGGUAGUGUAAUAUAAUUUUUUUUUUGAUUUUUCGAUAUGUUGUUGGAUUAUAGGUAAAAUUAUGUAUUUAGGCGUUCAAUGAAGCGGUUCUAUCGGGUAAAUUGAGAUUGGCGAGGAGUGCUUUGCUCUUUCCGAACUCCAAAAUUGACCUCAAUUGGAAGGAUGAGGAUGGUUCAACGUUACUUCAUAAGGUGAGCUGUUGAAUUUGGAGGGUUCUAGGAUCAUUUAAGAGCUAUUUAAUGAACAUUUGAGUUUUAAAUUUUAGAAAAUGUGAUGAAAUUGUCUAAAACAAUAUAAUUUUACCUUAUUCUAGCUUGCCGAGUCCGUCUGCGAUCCCCAGCACAACCCGGACGACAUGAUCGACCUCCUAAUCAACUCUGGAGCUGACCCGAAUAUUGUGGACAAAAAGCGAGGCCAAACUCCUUUGCAUGUGGCCUGCUCGAGUCGAAGAAAUUGCCAUAUUAUUAAAUUGCUGAGAUUGUCGGUUAAUUUGGACGCCGUCGAUGCGAAUGGAGAAACAGCGCUUGGAAUGGUCAUGAAGAAUCUUCCAGUUGAAAUUACGAAGAUGUUUUUGAUGGCUGGAGCCGAUUAUUUCCCGGUUUUUCGGCCAAGAAAUGGAUUUACGAAAGCUCAAAUGAAGCCGGUUUUACAGUACGCGGACAAGUUGCAGAUGGUCAUGGACAAGAUCAGGGACAGCAUGAUUAAGUAAGCCGUAAUUUAAAGGCAUUUCGGUUUUGUUUUGGGAUGUUUCAGAAACUGCACUGUGCACAAAAAUGUUAUUUUUGCACAUAGAUUUAAAAUAUUAUAUAAAGUUUUUUUUGGAAACCAAAAUUUUUUUAGGAAUGCAUCGAGGUUCCACACGUACUGUAAUGUCUACCAGACGGGACUAUUUGGCCGUGAAGAAAUCGAAUUCAAGUUUUAUAAUGGAGAGAGUCCAGCUCCGAAUCCGGGCGAGAAUCGGUACACCAUCGUCAUGUGUGCGAUCGGAAGAAAUGUUAAUGGCGUAAGUUCCUGAAGGCUUUUGUUUGUGAAUGUUUAGAUAUUGUUGUAGAAGACCCAAAGUGAUUUUUAUAUUCUUGGUCACGGAUAAUAUAAUUUUUGUUUUUUUGCCAGAAAUUGUACUUUGUGGUUUCAGAAGACCAGCGCAUCUAUCUCUGUCCCAUGCCCGAUUAUUGAAUUGUCGAUUAAUGGCCGCAUAUUGGAAAGAAUUUCUCCGAUGGUCAACUUUGUAUAUGGAUCUCCAGCCCUGAUCGAAGACUGUGUCCACACCGUCAAGAUGAAACUCUUCAAACAAAACACUCCAGAUCUCCUCUUCUUCCAAGUGAUAACGAUCUACCGCACCACUAACUCAAACCCAGAAAGUGCUAAGGCCAAUGUCUAG